CGCGACUUCUUAUCAGUUAUAGUGUCAGAAGUUAAUAUUAAAUCUCUUUUUAAUACCAGUCAUGAUAUCUGUUACUAUUGCCAAAGCUGCCUCAAUCCAAAAACUAUUCAUAGACUUAUAAUACUUCUUAUGGCAGAUCACUUUCAGUUAAGGGAAGACUGCCGAAUUGAGAAGAAAGAGAGUAAUAAUAUAUCAGAUAUCUAUAACUACCUUAAACAACCGGGUGAUAAGGAUUACUUUGAAUAUAUCAGUGAUAGUAAUAAUUCUGGGGAUCCUGAAGAGAAUCUGUUUAAUCUACUGGAUAAGGAUUAUAUUGAAGAUAAAGAUAUCCCUGAAAUACCUAAUAUUCAGUCUUCAACACCAAUAGAGAAGGAGCAUGCACAGUUCCAUAAAGAUAAUACUCAGGCUAUAAAUUAUUAUACUCUUGCCAGUUAUUGGAUAUAUAAUACCCAAUAUUAGGCUUUUAAUCAGACUUAGUAUUUUUCCUUUAGAGUUAUAUAUUCUAACUUAAUUAGAAUUUUAUUUACUUAUAUCUUUAGUAGCUUCUGCCUUAAUAUCUGUAUUUACACUAAACUACUUUGGUAU